AUGGGGAAAUCUGCAAUUUCAGCACCAAUAAGACCUUCUACAUCAACAACUUCUAGUACAAGUACCAACACUACAAGUAACCCCAAUACCUCAAUUAGCAAGCACUCAUCGACAACCACAACCAAGAGACAACAACAAGCUUUACAGCAUCAUCUUUCUGAACUUAAUGAUGAUAAUAAACUCUUAUUUACUCCCCCAAGACAAGAAUCAAUUAGUAACUUAUUAGCAUCUUAUCCUUCAUCCAAUUCAGCUUCUUAUACAUUACAUAAUCCUAAGGACGUAUUCCAUCAAUCAAGUAUCAGUGGACCUCCUACUUCUUACUAUAACUAUAAUUAUCCUCCACUGCAACAACAGCAACAGCAAGACCCAUCUUUUUACAACCCCAGUGGUGGUCAACAGAAUCGAAGAGAUACAAUGAAUUUCACUCAACAAUCUAUAAACCCAAAUUCAACCAAUCAACAAUUAUAUUCACAGCUGCAACAAAAUCAGCCACUGCUGCAACUGCUGCAACAACUGCUGACAUCUCAAUACCCUCAACAACAGUUUCAACAACCUAUAAGACCACGCGGAGAUUCCAUCUUCUUACCACCUCCAAUCACAUCGCAAAUGCGACUACUGACAGACUAUGAUACAUCACAAGCCCCCAACACUAUGCCAUCAAGAUCUAAUAGUAUUUUCAGUUCAUUGAUUAAUAUACCCGGUUCAAAUGGUAACUCAAUAUCCGAACAAUCUUCUGGUAAUAAUUCGUUAUCUUUGAAACAAGAUCCAAAGGCAAAUGCUGGUAAUGCUCCAAACUUACCACCACGUUCACGACAAAUGUCACUUAUACCCAGUCAAGAGUUUUCCAUGGAAGAUUUGGAAACCUUGUUGAAUAAAGAAAGUGUUGGGAACUUAUUGGCCUGGCAACAACAAGCAGCUGCUGGUCAGGAAGGCUCUGGUAGUCAGGCUGGCAGAGUCAAAGCCGGUUCAUUGGAUUUAUCUACUUGGGACAAUCAAAACAGUAUAACUUCAAUGCCAGGAUUUACAGGCAGUUUGACUGAAUUAAUUCAAGGAAUGAUUUCAAAUGGUUCAAUCGAUUUUUCAAAUAUGAGUAAUCAACAAAGGCGAGACUCCAUAUUGAAGAUUAUCAAUGAUCAACAAAGUUUAAGAAGUCAAAGAACUGAAGAUCCUAAGGCAAAGAUGACUAAAUUGAAAGAAGAUAUGUUCGAUAAAAAGCAGCAGCAGCAACAACAGCAACAACAACAACAAUCACAAUCACAGCAACAGAGCGAAAAAUUAAGACGCGACCAAUCAGAGCGCCAACGUCAACAACAACUGCAGCAGCAAGGAUCUGAUAGAAAAGGAGGCAAUGUAUCUCCAACAUCGUCGAUGUCUAAUGAUGAACCUCAAUCGCCUAAAACGUCACCUACUCAAUACAAUACCAUGACAAUCAACCAACCAUAUCGUGACUUGUAUACCCAACAACAGCCACUGCAACUGCAACAGCUCCCACAACCACCUAUUCCACCACAGCGAUUAUUUUCCAACUAUGCUCCUCCGGGAUUAGUUGUUCCUCCACCACAGAACCAAUAUCAAUACACCUCCUAUCCAAAUUAUAAUCUCGGAUAUAGUCUUCCAAGAACAAAUAGUAUUGGAGGCUCGAGCUAUAUGUAUCCUAUUCAAUUCCAACAGCAACCCAUGCAACAACAGCAACCGGCAUAUAUUCCUCCUCAAGCCACCACUAAAAAGUCCCCAUCCUCACGUAAAAGACGCCUGCCAAAUACCCAGCAACAACAACAGCAACUUCAACAGCAGCAAGCACAAUCACUCUCACCCACUUCAAGUAAGAUUGACCGUGACUUAAUUCCAGCACAACUGUUAGCGAAAUCCGAAGAUGGUAGACCAUUAUUGGGAGCUACUAAAAUUGAUCAACUUAUGUUAGUCAUCCAAGCUCGUGAUAAAGGUGUAACUAAACAGAUUCAACAAGGUCCAGAUGGUAGUAUACUUGCCCCAUCUGCAGAUACCGGUGUACUUCCAUCUCCCAUCAGUUUAGUUGGAGGAGUUGACAAACCACAUAAAGUGAAGGAAGAGGAUGAUCCAGAACAUAUCCAUGACCAUCAUGAAGAUCUGCGGAAACGGAAUAGAAAGAUGAAGAAUCAACAAUGUCCAUAUUGUUUCAAAUAUUUCACUCAAUCUACACAUUUAGAAGUCCAUAUCCGGUCCCAUAUUGGUAUUAAACCAUUUGAAUGUUCAUAUUGUCAUAAGAAAUUUACUCAAGGUGGAAAUUUAAGAACUCAUUUAAGAUUACAUACUGGUGAGAAACCGUUUGUGUGUGAUGUAUGUAGUCGUGCAUUCAAUAGAAAAGGGAAUUUAGCCGCUCAUAAAUUGACUCAUGAUAAUUUAAAACCAUAUGAAUGUAAAUUAGAUGGAUGUGAUAAAUCGUUCACCCAAUUAGGAAAUUUGAAAUCACAUCAGAAUAGAUUCCAUUUAAAUACUUUAAAUGAGUUGACUCAUCGGUUAGCGGAGUUGACUGGACCAAUGAUGUUUGAUAAUUUGCCGGAAGAAGAAAGAGAUUUGUUGAAUUAUUUCAAGGAUUUGUAUAAGAAUUCAAAUAAAGGAAUCAGAGGUCGGGGUAAACUGCAUCAUAAAGAUGGCGAGGGAGGCAGCAGUACCCAAAGCUCACCAAUCCUGAAUGCUAGUCCUACUUUCCAGCCUGAUUAUGGCACGGCUGGGACUACUGGUGGUUAUCAGGGUUGA